AUGGCUGCUGUAUCUUCAGAAUCUUCUACCAUGACAAACUAUCCGAUAGAUCUACUCUUCGACCUCGACGAAGUUCUCACUCUGCCGGAGGAUUAUUCAGGCAGUCAGAUUGCAGAACCGACAUCCUUGGUGAUCAUGAACAUGCCAACGGUUACUACAACUGAGGUUUGCUCAGUCUGCAUCGAAAGCUUCCGGUCCGGUGAGGGUGGUAAACAAGUCCCCUGCGGCCAUGUAUACCAUGAAACAUGCAUCGCCUCGUGGCUCGCCCGCCAUAACUCUUGCCCUCUCUGCCGCUGCGAAAUCUCCGGCAACGUAUGA